AAAGCGUUUAUUAGCGCGACGCGGCUCAUAUAAAUACUGCCGAUUACGCUAGUCGAUGUCACAUCAAAACCGUUCUCCGAACAAAUCACAUCUUCCAAACGGAAUAACCAACAAACCCAAAACAAGCAUCAUGAAGUGCAUCGCAGCUGUAGUCAUGGUCGCUCUGGUCGCCAGCGCUCAGGCCAACUACUACAACGCCGUCCCGUCGGUGUACAGCGUGCCAGCCACGACUGUGGUCCAGCAGAACGUUGCGCCCAAGUACGUCACCGCUUACGCUGCCCCUGCCAUCUCGUACGCCAGCCACGCCAGCGUUGCUCCGGCCAUUUCCUACGCCAGCCACGCCAGCGUUGCCCCGGUUGCUACCUACGCCGCCCCAGUCGCCACCUAUGCCGCUGCUCCGAUCUCUUACGCUGCCCAUAGCUCGGUUGUCCCUGCUCCAGUUGCUUACGCUGCUGCCCCGGCUGCCUAUGCGUACGGUCACACCAACUACGUCCAGGCUGUCCCGGCUGUGUACGCUCAGGUGCAGAAGGAAGCUACCUACGUUGCGGCUACCCGUGGUGCCGUCCACAAGGCUCCUCUGGUUGGACAUGCCGUCAACCAGAAGUCGUUCAACGUUGAGCCAGCACCUGGAACUCUGUAAAUAUUCAACUCAAUGCUGUAAUAUGUUUGAUUUUGAGAAUGGUUUUAAAUAGAUUGGAUUGUUGCAAGGAUUA